AGCAAGGGCAUACGGACGCUGACAUGUUCUUCUACCUGCUGAUCGUGUUCUCCAUUAUCAGCUCCCUGUACACACUGAUCUGGGAUCUGCGCAUGGACUGGGGCUUGUUCGACCGCGGAGCCGGAGAAAACACCUUCCUCAGAGAAGAAAUUGUUUACCCACACAAGGCCUACUACUACUGUGCCAUAAUAGAAGAUGUGAUCCUGCGUUUUGCCUGGACGAUCCAGAUCUCUCUGACCACAAUGACCAAGAUUCACGAUAUGGGCGAUAUCAUAGCCACUGUGCUGGCUCCCCUCGAGGUCUUCAGGCGUUUUGUGUGGAACUUCUUCCGUCUGGAGAACGAGCACCUGAAUAACUGUGGUGAGUUUCGUGCUGUGAGGGACAUCUCGGUGGCGCCACUCAAUGCCGAUGACCAGACCCUGCUGGAGCAGAUGAUGGACCAGGAGGACGGCGUCCGGAACCGCUCGGGCAAGAAGACCUGGAAGAGGUCCUACAGCCUGUCGCUCAGACGCCCCCUGCUGUCCUCCUCACUAUCGAAAAAGGACACAAAGGUGCUAAUUGAAGACACGGAUGAUGAGGCUUUCAGCUGAGUCCACAACGUCAGCACAUGCACACACACACACGCACACACACACACACUAUACUUAUAAGGACCUCAUUCACUAACGCGCAACCUCAACCCUUUUCCUUUAUAGUUAGUUUAGUAACCCUUAACCUCAGUCUAAACCUUUAAAGCAGUGAGGACCUCAGGCUGCCCUCACUUUGGACAAUUUACCUCGUCUUUACAUCCUCGGUCUUUAUAAGUAUAGAAAAACACACACAGUAAUGCAAAAACACAUAGAAAACUAUAAAGAUGAACCUGCUGAAGCACAAGUAUAGGGUAAUAUUGCUACAGUUGAGGGGAGAGCUGAUGCCAUACAGACAGACAGACAUCAAGGGAAAUCUUCUGCACAUAACAGGAAACACAGACCACACUGCCGUGGGAUUAUUCUCUUCUUUUUUAAAAGGACUUUUUUAGUAACUGUUGUUUACUUUGAGGUAUUUGUGUUUUGUUUUUCUUUACGUUUUCUGGAUUUAUUUUGCUAGGAGCUGCGUAGAUAGGCUACAGAUGACUGUUUACUCUACCUUUUUUAACUGCUCUAGGAUCAACAGGGAGAAGACAAGCCAAUCAAAAGACUUAAUAUGAAUCAAUAGAAACCUGAGGAAAGACUCGACACAUCACAACAUAUCAAAACAAAUCAACUGGUUUCAACUCGUUGAUUCUUUUUAUACUUCUUUUUUUUGAUUGAGUUGUAUUAAUGUCAUUCACAACCCAGGAGGCACUUGCAGGAAAAGUGCAUUUAAUACACAAAACAUGGGGGGGGGGGACUACUUGUACACAAAAGGGAUGUUUUGAUUCAAACAUUUCUAGUCUGUGAAGUUUAUUUGUAAUAUAUUUCAUAUAUUUUGAUGUGCACUAUUACUCUAUUGUAGUUGUUAAGUACUUCUACAUGUGUUGUUUAUACUAAUGAGACAAAAUUGAGCAUCACGAUGAUUGUUAAUGUAUUUUAUAAUGUUUGGAAUGUUUUUCUUGGCUGUGCCACGCUUUUAAUAAGCUAACAGUUACCCCCAACCUCAAAUUGGUGCAAAACUGACUUAACUAAGAUACAGUAUAUGUCUGUGUAUUGCUAUUCUUUGCAUUAACUACCAAAGCUUAAUUUCUAUGAAUGUGUCAGCCGAUCUGUCCGUCAAACCUGCACAAAGCUUAUUUACAAAAGAUUAUUUUGGGCUGUUUCAGCAGGCAGGUUCUGUCUUGUUGGAAAUCCCAGUAAUAUGAGUAGAAUAUGUCAAGAACAGAGUGAUGGGAGGCACCGCAUGUUCAGUCAAAUUGUUAGUCAAACUCCUCAGUAUACAUGCCAGUAGUCCUCAAACUGGGAGCGUGGGGGGGCACUACUAAAAUUUUAUUAAUCUGAUUGAAGGUUACAAUAUCCAAACAAGAGUGCUCUGCUCUCAUGCUAGCAAGGCUUUCAAUAUUUUAGCAAGAUUUAUUCAGACAGCAAAACAACAUGUAAAGUACAAUAUGGGUUUUUCAUAUUGUUUUUUUUUUCAACAGGUUUUUCAGCGAAGUAUGAAUUUAGCAGGACGGCCUUGUGUCUGUGUCUAAAAAACACACGAGAAACGUGCACAAAGAAACAUACAGCCAUUGUUCAAGAUAAUGUAAAUGCAAUUAAAUGAAAACUAGUUCAUUUUGUUGUUAGUUUACACAAAAAGUAACAAAAUUUAUUUUACCUUUUAAAGUAGGGAAUGACAGAAGCAGUUUGACAACCACUGGUAUAUUGUGAGACACUUCAUAUGGUUACCAGACACGAGCGCUGUUAGAAAUUGAGAGGCCCAUGACAAAUGCUCAGUGUUUAUUGAAUAGCAUGGAUAAAAAUGGUUUUAGGGCUACUUUUUGUGCCAUUUGUGCGGUUUCCUCCAACAAAAAGUUAGACUGUAACCCAAUGAAUCGGCCUCUUUUGACUCUGGUUCACCUAAUUAUACUCUAUUUAAACAAGAAUGCACAAAAAAACAAACCAUUCCAUCCGCAUGAGAAAUAAAAAAUGUUGCUACUUUUUUGACAAUUGGGCGAGUUUGAGGCUCUGAUUGAGCUACUUGGUUGUCAACCACUGGCAACAAUGCAAUCGCUCCUUCAGGGCUCUUUAACAGUAAAUGUCUCUAACCUGUGACGUGUUUCAGUUCAGGCUUCACCACAUUCAGCGUUCCUGUCACCAGAUAUGUGCUGUUUGUUUGUUUGGCUCUAAUGUUCCACAUUUCUUGUUCAUUUUAGCACUUAAAAAAAUGAUUUCAAGAUGUUGUGAGUUGUUAGAUCAAAAGUAAUCUACUAAUUUUAGGACAGUUAGUAACCAGGAAAAAUGUGCUGUACAUCUGACGUCCACUCUUUGCCUCCUUGACUCAUUUUCAAACUACCAGCUCUGAAUUACAGAUCUGUUGGCUGUAAUUUGGAAGUGUUUUGCUGCUGCUGUUGAAGUGGCUCCCCUGGCUUUCAGAGAAAGGAUGCUAACUUGAAUGCUGGUGUGUGUUCAACUUUCUCUUCCUGUUCCACCCGUUCCUCCCUGUGGCUACACCGCGUCACCAUCAGCCGGUCAUACGACAAAGCUACAAGGCAAAUGUAUUACAGAAAGUCCUGUUUCUUCUACUUGUGUUUUUCCCGUAGCGGCUAAAAGACUGAAAAGCUUCUGUGUGCAAUGAGCUUAAUGUGAACUGGAAAGCUAGAAAGUUUAAAAAAAAAAAAACGGCUGUGUUGUACCUGUUAAAAUGUAGAAGAUGGGUAGCUUCCCGGUCCAUUUAAAUACACUGGACACAUCCUAUAACUGUAUAGAGGCAUUAAACAUGACACACACACACACACACAAACCCACGUUGCCUCUCUCUCUCUCGUGUUGGAGAGCACAACACCAUAGCAGAUAGUUUUGUAAAAAGGCUGUUGUCUUGCCUGCAUGCUGCUUUUGUUCUACAUUGUACAUAGAUCUUAAUUUAUUUCACAUGAUGUGUAUAUUAGCGAUCAUUGUCGCUACUGUGACAACGAUUUAUUUCAAACGUUGACAUCUUUGCUCCAAAACAAGCAGUAUUUUUUAGGCGAUGAGGAGCUUCUCCUUUGAUUGGUCACAACCCUGCACUCCUUUUCAUGUGUAAAUCUGUUGACAAUGUGUUUGUAUAAGAAUAAGGGGGGGGAAUCCUGGAGAUGUGAUUAGUUGUAUCUUGUUGGUGAUUCCUUCUUAUUUCAAGGCUCUGUCAUAUCCAAGGGUUUGUGUCCAGGGCUCGUGGAGGGAGCGGGGGCAGAUGACUGUGUCCUGAAGCUGUAAUACUGUUUGUACAUUUGUGAAUGUGCAUGAAAUUGUUGUGGACUUCUACAUCUGUUGUUUUAAACUACCCCGCUUACAGAAGCACUUUGACAUACCAUAGGGCACAGGAACUGACCCCAGCCCAGAGAGGACCCACACACCACAACAAAUGCCCAUAAACGGAUCCUAGAUCUGCCUGAGCUUCUCUUGAAUAUCUCACAAACAGAUCUGGGAUCUUUAAUUUGCUCACUCGAAGCAUUUUUGAGACGCUUCUCUGUGAGAAAACCAAAUGUUUUAGUGACCAGCGUCUGUUCACAGAUGUUCAUUAUGUGGAACCCACUGACAAAAACAAAAAACAGGGUUAUUUUGUACAGUUUGUUUGUUGAGAUGAUGUUGGCGAUAAGCCCUGGCAUCCCAUUUUUCUCAUGGGUGAAAAUCAAAGAUGAUUGUUUUCACUGCUUGCUAAAACCCCCAUGAUGUUAAAGUGCUUGAUAUGUGUGCAUCCCUCUCCUUCCCCCCUUCCUCUCGAUGUUGUUCGUACCCUUUCUCUAAUCUAGCUGAAUGUGAUAAUACCUGUAGUUUGGUAGAUGGAUGUUCUACUUUGAUAAGAGACAAAAAAAAAAGAAUAAAUUCAUCGUGGCUAAAUGUGAUUUUAAGAGACAUAAAGGAAAAUGUCUUACAGUCUGAACCAUCCUCCCCUGAGUCCCUUUUACAGAUUAGUUUGUACAUGUCGAGUGUAUAACACCGUUCUAUGAUGGUUUUCCUGAUGGUAUUUGUAUUUCUGUAUACACUUUGGUGAUCCUGUCAUAUCUGGGUUUUAUAAACCACGAUUAUUUUUAAAACUCC